ACAAAAGGAGAUAUCAGGAGGAUGGCUUCGACUUAGAUCUAACCUAUAUUUAUCCAAACAUAAUUGCUAUGGGUUUUCCUGCAGAGAGACUUGAAGGAGUAUACCGAAACAACAUUGAUGAUGUAGUAAGGUUUUUGGAUUCAAAACAUAAAAACCAUUACAAGAUAUACAAUCUAUGUGCUGAAAGACAUUAUGACACCACCAAAUUUAACUGCAGAGUUGCACAGUAUCCUUUUGAAGACCAUAACCCACCACAGCUAGAGCUUAUCAAACCUUUUUGUGAAGAUCUUGACCAAUGGCUAAGUGAAGAUGACAAUCAUGUUGCAGCAAUUCACUGUAAAGCUGGAAAGGGACGAACUGGUGUAAUGAUUUGUGCAUAUUUGUUACAUCGAGGCAAGUUUUUAAAGGCUCAAGAAGCUCUAGAUUUCUAUGGGGAAGUAAGGACCAGAGACAAGAAGGGAGUAACUAUUCCCAGUCAGAGACGCUAUGUGUAUUAUUAUAGUUAUCUGUUAAAGAAUCACCUGGAUUAUAGACCAGUGGCACUGUUGUUUCACAAGAUGAUGUUUGAAACUAUUCCAAUGUUCAGUGGCGGAACUUGCAAUCCUCAAUUUGUGGUGUACCAAUUAAAGGUAAAGAUAUUCACCUCUCCUUCAGGACCCCCAAGACGAGAAGACAAAUACAUGUACUUUGAAUUCCCUCAACCAUUGCCGGUGUGUGGUGAUAUCAAAGUGGAAUUCUUCCACAAACAGAACAAGAUGUUGAAAAAGGAAAAAAUGUUUCACUUUUGGGUAAAUACAUUCUUCAUAGGACUGGAUGAAAAUUCAGACAAAGUAGAAAAUGGAAGUCUAGUUGGCGAUCAGGAACUUGAUGGUAUUUUCAGCACAGAACGCUCAGAUAAUGACAAGGAAUACCUAAUCCUUACAUUAACAAAAAAUGAUCUAGACAAGGCAAAUAAAGACAAAGCCAACAGAUAUUUUUCUCCAAACUUUAAGGUGAAGCUAUUUUUCACAAAAACAGUAGAGGAGCCAUCAAAUCCAGAGGCUAGCAGUUCUGCUUCAGUAACACCGGAUGUUAGUGACAAUGAACCUGAUCAUUAUAGAUAUUCUGACACCACUGACUCUGAUCCAGAGAAUGAACCUUUUGAUGAAGAUCAGCAUACGCAGAUUACAAAAGUCUGAAUAUUUUUUUUAUCUGGGAAAAAAAACCACAAAGAGACAAACUUGAAUAAACUGAAAAAGGACCUUUUCAAAUGGCAAUAGAACAUUGUGUCAGAUUACCAAUUAUAGGAACAAUUCUUUCCUGACCAAUCUUAUUUUGCCCUAUAAAUCUACAGGGUUUGACACUUGUCCAGUUGAAAAAGGUUACGUAGCUAUGUUAUGUAUAUACCUUUUUGUGUCAAAAGGACAUUAAAAUUUCAAUUAGGAAAUAUAAAGAUGGCACUUUCCCAUUUUAUUCCAGUUUUAUAAAAGUGGAGACAGAUCUGAUGUGUAUGCGUAGGAAUUUUUCCUUUUGUGUUCUGUCAUCAACCGCAGUUUGGGAGGGGUGGGGGGAGGAGCUUUCUGAUAUACAGGUUCACAUCCUGCCCCUUUAUUUGCACUUAAGUGGCAAUAGAUAAGUCUGCAGUUGACUAAGAAGUUUCUAAAGGGUUGUACUACAUUCUAAUGCAUGUAUUCUGGAUAGAGGAAUGAAAAGAAAUGCUCUGAAAGGAAUAUACUGUGCUGGACCCUGGACAAUGUACCGUAUCCGGCUACUUACAUGCACCUUUCUUUAGCAUGCUGCAGUAAUUAAUCCAGGACAUUUGAGGAAUCGGCUGCUGUCACUGCUUGUUGUUUGUGCAUUUUAUUUUUUAAGCAUAAUGGUGCUAGAAAAGGCAGCUAGAGGGAGUGAUUCCAUAUAGGGGUACAGGAAUGAACCUUCCACAACACCUUAAAGACCCACAAAUGAAGGGAUAUUAAAAUAAUGGGGUCACAGAUAAGAAACACAGCAACAAUGACUUAACCAUACAAAUGUGGAGGCUAUCAACCUAAAAUGGGCUUGAAACAAUUGUUCUAAAAAGACAAUGAUUUAUUAAAUGUUUUUUCUCAAUUGUAAUGGCUGUUCCAUCUCCUGUGUAAUCAAGGCCAGUGAUGAAAGUCAGAUGCUAUUAGUACAUACAUCAGUCAACAUCUUACACUUUAUUAAUUUUUCAAUCAUAUACUAGCUGUGAAUGCUUCAUGUGCUGCAUUGCAAGCUUUUUCCUUAUUAAAUAUAAAAUAUUUUAUAACGGUGCACGGGAAAUUUCAGUUUGAGAUUCUACAGGUUAGUGUUUAUUUUGAAGAUGCAUUCAAUCAAACAGUUGUUAGCUGUUCCACCCCUUGGACCUUAACAUUCAUUACAAUGAUUUUUGCAGUUUUGCACACUUUUUAAAAAAUGUCAUUAACUGUUAGGGAAUUUUACUUGAAUACUUAGUAUCUACAAUGUUAUAAAAGCAACAUUAUACAUAUUACAAAUGAAACCAGUCUUGCAAUAAAAUCUCAACACUGCACAGAUACAAAGAUGUGUACUUUUUUUAAAGUAGAACUUGUCCCAUAUUUUCUUUGUUUGCUUUUAAAAGAAUUAGAUAUUUAAACUGGCAGCAUAGUAUCAUUCCUUCAUAGGGAUAUAGUCAGAACUAGGGAUUGAGCUUCACUUUUGAAUAUUAUGAUUGACAUGUCAGACUGCAGGUGAUCUAAACAGUACGACUACUGUUGAAUACAGUUAUGAAGAAAUGUUUUUUUUUUUAAAUUUGUUUACUACAAAAUACACCAUGACCUUCAAACUCUUGGAUUAUUUACCCCAAACUUUACACUUGAAGAUGUAAAGCCCAACUUUAACUUACUGAUGCUGACAUAGUUUAUUAGUUGUGUUCUUACCUAGUUAACACAUGAAUUUGAGAUCACUAGGGCUCAGUAAAACAGAAUUACUGGAGAAUAUGAAUCCUAAAAAGACAAGGCAAGACUUCACCUAAACUUUGGUAAAAUAAAGGUAUCAUUUGCUUUUUCACUAUUUAUUGGUCAGUUUUGCUUGUCCAAUUCAUCAUCUAAAUUUCUAACAAAGCUAGUGUAUGAUUUUCUGAUUUAUUAGUUAAUUUAGUGUUGACGGUCUUACCAAAUCAAGCAUAUUGGUCUAGGCACUCACAAUUCCCAUUGUUGAAUUGAGCAGCAGGCAAUGGCUACCUUAAGACCAGACACUAGAUACAUGUUUCACCUGACGUCUGCUUUUAGCAAUUGAAAGUCAUGUUGGCUAACAUUCAUUCUUUAAAAUAUUUUGAUAUUAACGUUGUUCUAUGUCCCACUUUUGGGCUCAUAUCAAAAUUUAAUUUGUGUGGCUCCAGUAUGUAACACUGAUGGCCAGAACGGAAAUAAUGACAUUAUAAGGGGCUUUUGCACUGUUGUUGUUUUUUCCUUUGGAAUGUGAAGGUCUGAAUGAGGGUUUUGAUUAUGAAUGUUUCAGUGUUUUUGAGAAGCCUUGCUUACAUUUUAUGGUGUAGUCAUUGGAAAUGGAAAAAUGGCAUUAUAUAUAUUAUAUAUAUAAAUAUAUAUUAUACAUUUUCUCCUAUACUUUAUUUCAGUUACCAUCCCCAUAGAACUUGACAAGAAUUACUAUGACUGAAAGGUUUUCGAGUCCUUAUUAAAACUUUAUUUAUGACAGUAUUCAUAAUUAGCUUGAAAUGCAUUCGGUAGGUAAUCUCUUUGAGUUUCUGCACUAUAUGCUUAAACUCUUGGAUGUGCAGCAGCUUACAUGUCUGAAAUUACUUGAAGGCAUCACUUUCAUAAGAGCUUACUCUUAGGCCUGUACCAUCCCUAGUCAUCUGUAGUCCCACUUGAAAUAUUUUGCCACAGUUAUUAAAGGGCAGUUAUAUAAAUAGCAUCAAGAUUCUUUGCUGUGGCACAAUUUGUAAACUAAAGUGGAGUUUACAUACAGCAUCAGUUUCAGCUUUAAAAAAUAAAAAUAGGGUGCCAGUGUGCAAGUUCCAUGUUUAGUUAGAGCAAAUUUGUGCAAUAUGUUAACGAUGCCUGUGGUUGCCACAAAGUGCCUCGUUUACCUUUAAAUACUGUUUAAAAAAUGUCAUGCAUGCAGAUGGGAGGGGUGGAACUGAGCGCUAAAAGGGGGCUUUAACUGCAGUUUGACAGAGCUGUCUUUUACUCUGCCAGUUCAAAUUUUAAGUCUGUUUUCAUAUAGAGUAUAUAUUAUAUAUAUAUAUUAAAAAAAGAGUCUGUCAAGCAGCCUUACUCUGAUUCAGCCUCUUCAGAUACUAUUGUGCUGUGCAACAGUGGCUCUGUGUGUAAUGCUAUGCACUGAGGAUACACGAAAACAACAAAAUAUGACAUGUACAGGAUAAUGCCUCAUACAAAUCAGAUGUCCGUUUGUUAUUGUGUUUAACAACCCUUUAUCUCUUAGUGUUAAAACUCCACUUAAAACUGAUUAAAGUCUCAUUCUUGUCA